UUUCUCCUUGGAGAUGUGAAAGGUGAAGCCAAGAACAGCAUUACUGACUCACAAAUGGAUGAUGUUGAGGUUGUUUAUACAAUCGAUAUACAGAAGCAUAUUCCAUGCUACCAGUUGUUCAGCUUUUAUAAUUCCACAGGAGAACUGAAUGAACUUGCCCUGAAGAAAAUACUAUCAGGCUGUAAGAAGAGUGUAAUAGGAUGGUACAAAUUCAGACGUAACACAGACCAGACCAUGACAUUCCGGGAAAGACUUCUUCAUAAGAAUUUACAGUCACACCUAUCAAAUCAGGGCCUUGUAUUCCUUUUAUUAACCUCUAGCGUGAUGACAGAAAGUUGUUCUACUUACAGACUGGAACAUGCCUUACAUCGGCCACAAGAAGGUCUCUUCCAGAAAGUUCCUUUGGUGGUUACUAACUUGGGUAUGGCAGAACAGCAAGGUUACAGAACAGUGUCUGGUUCCUGCGUAUCUUCUGGUUUUGUGAGAGCAGUAAGACAACACAGGUCAGAAUUCUUUUACGAAGAUGGAUCCUUACAAGAGGUUCAUAAGAUAAAUGACAUGUAUGCCACCUUACAGGAGGAACUGAAGAAAAUAUGCUCCACAGUAGAAGCCAGUGAACGAUCUGUAGAGAAACUCUUAGCAGAGGUGAGCCAAUUAAAAGAAGAAAUAAAGAGGAAAAAGCAACAAAGUUGUUCAGGAGAAGACAGAGACUACCCAGGAGAGCCAAAGGAGAAUGUUCUCCUUUGUCAGGCACUGCAAACAUUUUUCCCCAAUUCUGGACUUCAGACAUGUAUUGUUUCCUUCAAAGGCCGACAGAUAUCCAAGAACUGCUGUAACAUUGACCAUAAUAUUAAUGUCAUGGACAAACUGACUCUCAUAGUAGAGGAAAGAGACUUCACUGAAGCUGAAACAAGACACCUAACCAAGCGUAAAGUCAGAGGGACCACAACAGGAUCAAAGUCAUUCAAGAAAUCAAGAUCGCUGCAGCUUCACCAAAAAUUACUUCAAGACCAAGAGGACAGUGACCAGGAAAGGAAGCUUACUCUGAGUAGCACUGAAACAGAUGAGGACAUGUUGGAAAAAAUUAGAGACACAAAUGAAUACCCACACUCUCCUACUUUCUGA